AUCAAUGGGACACGAGUGGACAGUCUGACACUGGCCUCCACCAACACUGAUUUUGCCUUCAGCCUCUACAAGGAACUGGCUUUGAAGAAUCCAGGUGAAAACAUUGUCUUCUCCCCACUCAGCAUCUCAGCUGCCUUGGCCAUCCUGUCCCUGGGAGCAAGCAACAACACCCUGGAAGAGAUUCUAGAAGGUCUCAAGUUCAAUCUCACAGAGACCCCUGAGGCAGACAUCCACCGGGGAUUUGGACAGCUCUUCCUCAUGCUCAGCCAGCCAAAUGACCAGGUGCAGAUUAGUACAGGCAAUGCCAUGUUUGUUGAAAAGCACAUACAGAUCCAGGUAGAGUUCAAGGAGAAGGCAAGGGUGCCGUACCGUGCCGAGGCCUCAGGUGUUGACUUCCAGCAGCCUCAUGAAGAAAACCUCAUCAAUGAGUAUGUGAGGAAACAGACCCAUGGGAAAAUCAAGGACCUGAUCUCAGGCCUGGAUAAGAGUACGUUAAUGGUGCUGGUGAAUUACAUCUACUUUAAAGAAAACCUAUUGGUGGAGCUGAAGUACACAGGCCAUGCCAGCGCCCUGUUCAUCCUCCCUGACCAGGGCAGAAUGCGGCAGGUGGAAGCCAACCUGCAGCCAGAGACCCUGAGGAAGUGGAGGGACUCUCUGAGGCCCAGGAAGAUUGACGAGCUCUCCCUGCCCAAGUUCUCCAUCUCCACUGACUACAGCCUGGAGAGAAUCCUUCCACAGCUGGGCAUCAGGGAAGUCUUCUCCACACAGGCUGACCUGUCUGGGAUCACAGGGGCCAAAGACCUCAGAGUCUCUCAGGUGGUCCACAAGGCUGUGCUGGACGUGGCUGAGACAGGCACAGAAGCAGCGGCUGUCACGGGAAUGAUGAUGGAGGAAUCAUCUCUAAUUAGGAAUCCUUUGAACGUGACUUUCAACAGGCCAUUCCUGAUGAUUAUCUCUGACACAAAUACUCAGUCUUCACUCUUUAUGACAAAAGUCACAAAUCCCAAGGGAAAUUAGAACUUCCCAAGUGGUGAGGCUUCCUCCUGAGAGCCAGGGAUUAAGCCUGUAUGUGGGUCUCUAUGUGCAUUUUGGCCUCCAUGCUCUGAGUGGAGAGUGACAGGGACUAACUGUACGGCUCACACAUGCACAGAGUCCUGUGGACAGACAGUGUCAGGCUCCCCCACCUCUUUGCAGUAAUAGCUUAUGUUUCUGAGACUGAGCUCUGACUCCGUGGUGCCUCUCUGCUGCCUCUCCUUUCUGAGCCUCCAUCCAAAUACCGGGCCAAGGCAGAUAGGCUCAGCCCCUAUCUGCACUAUGGUUAUAUCUGCCUUCAGCUUCCACAGGCUUCAUGGGAUUAUUCAAGCUUUUAGACCCAUUGUGUGAACCUUAGGCCCAGGACUGAGAAGGGAACCCACUGCCCUCUAUGUGUUUCCAGCAUGUGAGACCAGUGUGUGCACAGUUCCUGCCUCAAACUUUUCCUCACCCAGGCUCUGCCCCCCAGUGUCCCUUCAGGGGCUCCUGGGCCUGCCCACAUCUGGCGCUGUUGUGGAGAACCUAUUCCUGCUUCUGCAUGGAGUCGAUUGGUCAGCUCAGCUCCUUUCCCCUACUCUACCUACUUGGGGCAGAGGAGCCUUUACCUAGGUUCUCCACUGGCCAACAUCACACAAUAGAUGGACACCUCUCCUUCCUUACCCAAAAGGUAGGACUAUCACAAAAUACAAUAAAUGUA